GUUCGGCGCGGGAUGGAUACACGGAUUCGAAUAAAUUACAAAUCUACCAUACAUACACUGCAGUCUGCACUGCUCAAAGUCAAAGUGUAUUUGCAUUCUGACAAGUCUGAUCUCGUUUUUUUGUAAGUUAUUUUCCGGUUGUUUGGAUACAACAAUGUGUCUUCCUUGUGGUUGUGGCAACAUUGUCAGUUUUCUCCCAUUGCUGUGGAUCGUGGCCAUGCCAGUCGUGGGGUCGUUUUGUGGACCUGACACUGCUCUCCGAUACUCUCUUCUCAUGAUGUUGUAUGCGAUUCUGGGGAGUUUCGUAAAUAGAUUUGUGAAAAUCCUUCUUCCAGUAUUCACCAUUGCGUUCUUUGUGGUCAUCAUCUGUCUUCCAAUCAGCAUUGUACCUUACCCACUGGUCUGGUUGUAUGGUCAGUUGGUGUGGAUUGUGGAGCCGUUGGUCUUGUUUGUGGAAGCGAUCGGAGUGAUCCAAAUUACCAUGCGGCUUAGUAAGGAGGUAUCGGACCACGUCGAUGACAACGGGCCUUUAGCUAAGGGUUUGAUAAUUGGAACAACAGCCAUAGCCUACACAGCUUCAUUCAUCUUUGCCAUCAUUAUAUGCAGGACUGGAUCAUGGCCUAUCAUAUAUAUGUUAAUGGUCAUCAUUCUGGUUUCAUUGGUCCAUCUUGCCCUGACCGUCAGAGCUGACCAAGGUAUCAUAUCCAACUGUUCGGUAGUGAGCAUGUGUAUGCUAGGUGCUCUCUGUGCUGGUGUUUACGAGUCGAAUCUCAUUCACAAUCCUAUUCCAGAACCCAAGGAAUGGUCAGAUGAAUCUUUUAAUUAUCUCUCACUUUUUCAACUUGUGGUAUCUACUGCAACAUCCAGUAUGACCCUUGUAACCAAGGCAACCCGUUUCCUGUACAAGCUUGUCAAUCCUGUUCUGAUAUCUCUCAUCUUGGUUCGUACUGUCAGCAUCCAACAAGUUAUGGGUCUUAUUCUCUCACGAUUUUAUCAGUUCAUGCUGGACGAUGAAGAUAACGAGAUGGAGGAUGAGUCUUAUCUAGAGGAUGUUGUCGAGGAGCCCACCUGUCUUCCUGGCGUACCAGCCUGCUUAGAACCCUCCGCCCUCCCUACCAAACUCUCCCUCAUCUUCGUCUACACCCAGCUCGUCAUCCGGACCAUGGCUCUCUCGGGAGGGCAUCGUCCUUACCGGUCCCUGGUCCCAGCGGGCCUCCAGGAGGUGAUGCUGAGUGGGGUGUGGCACCAGGUGGGGCUCUUUAGGAUGAUGCAGAUAUGCAUCCUUGGGUUGGUCUAUCCAUAUAGGUUACACAGAGAAAGCGUAGAAGAUGAUGAAGGCUGGUAAAACUUGACCCCUGGCACACCAAGCUGAAGCUGACCCUGGAUGGCUCGUGCUAGGUGUAACUAGACAACAGGUACUAGGCUGGCCCCUGAAGGACCAAGUGCAUGCAAACUAAGCGGAAGAAGAGCCCCAUGAUGUCUGUUUUUGGCAAAGCCUACGGUUAAAUAAGAUCAGGGGCCACCUUUUCUUAGUGUAAAUGGGUAAAAACAAGGGCUUGCUUUAUGCAUCAGUUAUCAGGCCACAUUUUGAGGCUGGGUCUUUCCUUGCCUUUGAUACUAUCUAAGGUGUAUAAGGGGCAUUUGGCUUAAUACUGUGUAUGUUAUUGGGUUUUUGACAGACAUACCAAUCAGAUUUGAUAGUUAGGUCUGAUGGCCGACUUUUAAAGUUGCCAUGGGAAAGAUGCGACUUGGUCUUGAACCAAACUCUAUCAGAGUCUAGUUAAAUACAAAGACAGAGAAUUUACCACUUCUCUAUUAGUUCCAAAGUCUGACUUUGUUGUCUUUGUUUAGUAUUAAUAUAGUGGUGUAGUGGAUGAGUCACUUGACUCUGAAUCACAAGGUACAGGGUUCAAAUCCCUACCACAGCAUGAUAAUCCUUUGGCAAGCCAUUAAUAUACAUUUGCCACACUCGACCCAGGUGAAAGAAAGUGGGUGCCCAGUAGGAAGAAAUUCCUUGAAUGCCCUUACGCCCUAUGAUGAAAGCCUGGCAAAACCUGGGGUAACAUCAUUAAUGCACAUAUGAAUACCGGUAGUUAACCAGGAAUAUGGCGCAGUGUGAAUUAUAAGUAAAAACAUUCCAGUUGAAUACUACAUACAUUUACAGAAAAUGGAGAAGGAAAAGAUGAUGAAAGGAAAUUAUUUGAUACUGUACAGUUUUGUUGAGCCCCCAAAUCAUUUUUUUUUAAAUUUUGAUUACUUUGGCAAAAUAUUCAGCAUUCUUGUGCUAAGAAAGUAUUCAAAGAUUUAUUUAUUUAUUUAUUUAUUUAUUUGAAAAUAUUUAUACAGGAUGACAAUAUCAACCAAGGCUGUUUUUCAUAUUGGUCCUGUAUAUACAUACAUGGUAAAAUACAAACAAUGAAAUACAAAAUAUCAAUGAAAUGAAGAUUGUUUCAUAUGUAGAAAAAAAAGUAAAAAAUAUUGGAAGUACAGUUUUAUUGAGCCCCGAGAUCUUUAGAAACAAAAUUUUGAUUUCUUUAGCAAAAUAUUUAACAUUCUUGUGAUGAGGAAGUAUUCAAAGAUUGUUUCAUAAGCAGACAAAAAAACAAAAAGUAUUGGAAGUACCAAUUGUAUUCCUUUUUGUAAAUCAGAUCAAAUCUGUGUAUCAUUGAUUUCAAGUAGAUGGCUUUUCACACGUUGUCUCCGAUCUGUAAGAAUAAAAUCAUACUAUUUCCUCAUUUUGUGAUACUUCCCAUUUCUGUUCAUGGCCUCCAAGGUUAUAAAUGUUGUUAUUAGUACUCAGUACUCAGCCCUUUGAUAAAUUUCUUUCUUUUAAAGAAAGAAACUAUUCAAAAAAUUAUAAAUACAGCCAACAAAAAAAGAGAGAAAAUAAAUGUUGAUGUGUGAUCAAUUGAAUCUUGUACCGGAAGUGCCUCGGACUAGUAACUCGUUCACUGAAAAUCGUUUGUGAUUGCAAAGAAAACUUUCAAAACUUCAUGCCAUUUUUUGUUGUUGUCUUGUAUUAAAAUAAAUAAGAUGACUUUUGUCUUUCGCAGCUGAGUUUUAUCAAUAAAAUGAAAGACCAAGAA